AAAAAGGGCCAGCUCAACUGACGGUUCCACAAAACAUUCAACAUGCUGAAGUUUUUAGCAACACUGUCGGUUCUCGUUGUCGCCGUCUCGGCAAAACCACCAAAAGAAAUGUGCAACCCUCAAUAUUUGAUUCAAGCAAAGAGUUGCUGCAGCUCAUUGCCCAAGGUCUAUACUGAAGAUGAUUUUAAGGCGUGCAAGUCAGCGUCACCUUUUAAUGGUGCACCCCAAACUGGCGAUAAUAAAUCAAGGACGAAACGCGAACCUGAACCAUUGAGGCCAAGAAGUGGACCAGGUGGUCCCGGUGGACCACCAGGUGGUCGCUUUGGGCCUCCAUUCGCAGUGAUUAACUGCAUGCUCAAGAAUAAGGGCCACGUGGACGAUAAUUACGUUUUGAACAAGGACGCCCUCAUUAACAGCUUCAGUGCAGUCGCUGAAACUGAUGUCUGGAAAUUCAAUGUCACGAAUGUCAUCAAUGAGUGCUUCAAAAACCUAUCAGCUGCCGCUUUGCCGGCUCCUCCUGCAGAUGCUCCUGCUAUUGGCAAACCUGAUGGUCUCUUAGUGCUAAGUUGCAUUCAGACAGGGCUUCUGCUUAGCUGCCCCACUGCUGAUAGGAUAAAUCUAGAUACCGUUCCUGUGGAUAAUCAGGACAUUCCAAAAGAGAUUCCCAAAUUUCCUGCUGCAACUUGUAGCCAACGAUUCGAGGAGCUCGGUCAAUGCAAUCCGUUUUUUGUCCCCAAGAGAAAAAAUAGGGGUGCAAGGAAAGGAGACAGGCGCAGAAAACAGAACACGAAAAUAGACUCGGCCGUAACUGGAAAUUAGCAGAGUUGCUUAAUCAUGAAUUAGCAAUGAGCAAAAUUCGAUUGAUUAGAAAUAAAAUUUUGAAAACGCAUAAA